GUUAAUUACCUACAUCUUUGUCUACGAAGACCUGACGUCCUUGACCUGCGGUGCCGUUAUCAUCUGGUAUUUUGCCAGCAGCUUUGAGAAGAACGUUGGCACUGCGAAGCACUGCUUCCUCACCAUCGCCUUCGCCGUCCUCUCCGCCCUCCUGUACCUCUUACUCGAGACCGUUGUUUCAAGGGUGUCCGAGGUGGAAGAUGCCAAAGGGUUCAUGCCGGUAGCUUUCGCUACGUUGGGUGUGUCCACCACGCGCUCGCGGAUAAAGAGGGCUCUGUUUUUCGGGUUUAGAAUUCCAGUGGUGCUGGUGCCGUGGUUUAUGCUCUGCAUAGCAUGGUUUAUCCCUCACUCCUCUCUCCUGAGUAACCUGUGUGGGCUCCUGACGGGGGCAGCCUAUGGCCUUGGCUACUGUUUCUGCUUGGAUUUUCCGGAGUCGGUGGGCUCUAAGCUGGACCACGUGUUCCCUUUCAGCCUGCUAAAAAGGAUACCAGUGCUGAGCUAUAUCCCAGGGUCCUUAGCAGAGAGAAGAGCCUUCGAAGGCAGCAAGAUUAACGCUGUGCCAGGCACCUACCCCACCCAGAGCUACUACUGCGCUUCACCUCCAGCUCUUCCCGCUUUCCAGAUGCUGCAUCCCAGUGCUCAGAGCCAGGGCUUGCAGCACAGCUGCGCUCCGGCCUACAGCCAUGCUCUGCGACACGACGGACUGCAGCCCGGCCACAUGGCAGGACACGGCCUCACUUCUUCCCCCUGCCAAGCCAGAGGUGCCUUCGGAGAGCCUUACGUGCCAGCCCACGCCGGGGCCCCGCUUGGAGAGAGCUGCCAGCUGGGAGAGUUCUCCCUGCCACAGCGACUGUGCCCGACUGAUCCACCGGCACCCGCGGGCGUGGGGCCCCUGGCUGGGACUCAGCAAGCGUCAGGGUGUCCAGCAGCCACAGCGACUUCCCUUCCAGCUGAAUUUUCGCGGGUCCAGGUGUACUGA